UCUGUACUUGAGUAGUUUUUUUUUUUUUUUUACCAAAUACUGUCUUGGAUGGCUACAUUUUACUUGUACUUGAGUAAAAAUAUGUUGAAAUAGUGCUACUCUUUCUUCAGUAUAAAUUUAAUUCCCUCUGAUUAUUGUUCACGUCCAUGCUCCAGUCCGGUAGGUGGCGGUAGUGCACCAUAAGUUGUUUGCCUUCUCCCAUGUUAUAAAAGAAGAAGAAGGAGAAGUCACGAAGAAGAAGAAGAUAAUGGCGGCGGUUAGCCGAGGUUUUGCUGCCCUGUGGAGGACAAACGGUGUGAGAGUACCGUUACACCCUCUGCUGUCUCUCUGUGCCGCCCGAACACAAAGCUCUGUAAGCGGCGACCCGCUGCCCCGGACCUCCCUGUCCAGGCCUCCGUGGUCGGAGCAAACUAGCUUCGUGUCAGCGGAGGAGGAGCGGCGCCGACACGCCGCCGUGGUGAGCAGCGUGAACGACCGGAUCGAGAGGCAGGACUUCGGCCGACUGUUCGCCGUGGUGCACUUCGCAGCUCGCCAGUGGAAGGUCACCGACGAGGACUUGAUCCUGGUGGAGAACCACAUCGAGGCGGAGUGCGGAGACCGGAUCUACUUGGAGAAAGUGCUGCUGGUAGGGGCGGAGGACUUUACUCUGGUCGGUAGGCCUCUGCUCGGGAAGGAGCUGGUCAGGGUCAAAGCCACCGUGAUUGAAAAGACCGAAUCCUGCCCCAAAAUGCACAUGGUGUUCUGGAAAAGACACAGGUUCCAAAAGAAGAGGACCAUCGUGCAGCCGCAGACUGUCCUGAGGAUCAACAGUAUCGAGCUGCACCCGCGGCUGUCUUGAUUCAGACUGUUGACUUGUGAGGGAAUCUGGUUUCGGACGUGCUGGAUCUCUGAAACAGUUCAGUUCAAAUUUUAGCAAUGUAUAAAAUAUUAAAGAGUUGUACUUUCAGAAAACUGUAUAGUGUCUGGAUCUGUAUUCCUGCUGUAAGUAAAGUUGGAAACGUAUUUUUAUUGGAGUCGGGAUAAAGUUUUGUCAUUGCAUUCCUACGCUAUUCUGUUGCGCUCUACUCAAAUCUGGCUAUCAGCACAGGUUGGGCUUUCUGCCAUUUACGGUACUUUGAUAUAUUUUUUUUGUUUGUAAGAAUUUAAACCUGAUCAAUCAGCUAACAGAAGUUGUGAACAUGACGGCGAUUUCCUGCACUGUUUCAGAAUUGUAGUCUGUAGUUUUAGCAAUAACAGCAGAGGAAGUGAACGUAAAAUGUAUUAAAUUUCUUAAUCUGGGACCCAAGUCCGAGUUUCGUGCCACAAACAAAGGUGGUAUGACAGUAUAAUAAUAAUAAAAAUCCUUAUUUGUUUGUAAAGACAGCGGAUGCGCGCGCAACUUAACUGCAGCCGGACCAGACUUUUACGGUCACUGGUUGUCAUGGUUACCCGCAGUUGCCUUGCUGUUUUAACGUCAGCUAGCAUAUUAUCAACAUGCUAUUGACCCGUUGCAACUUCGUCACUUAGGCCCUGUUUACACGACAAUGACCCUUGAAAACCAUCAGUAGCCAUGGAUACUGAUGGCUGAUUGGCUUUUGGAAGAGCCACGAUGGGGGGAAAAAAAAUUAACGUUCCGUUAAACGUUUAACUGCUGCAUAACGGACAAACGCUGGCAAAAUUAAAAUAUUCAACGCCUCAGUAACCGCCAUUCAGUUUGUGCUUCUGAACAUCCGGGCAAUAGUGACGUCAUUUGCGAUGAGUUUCAUAACCGAGAGACCAAACCUUUAAAAAAAAACAAAAUACAAGACCACAUCUUUUUGUAUGAAGCAAAGCGUAGUACAAAGAUUUGUGAUAAAAUGGUCAGAAGACAAAAUAUGUGAAACAUAGGUUUUAUUUUGAAAGCUAUCUUAAUCUUCUAGAAAACGGCAAACAGCAUUGAGGACUGAGUUUUUAAGGCACUGUUGAACUGUUUCUGCUCAGUGGUAACAGCUUUUCUUGAACUCAAGCACUGGAGAAUAAAAAAACCAGCUUGUCCAACAGGCAAAAAAUUAUGUAAAUAAAAAAAAAUACA